UUUUGAAGAGGGUCAGUCCCCAGUUUGUCUUGGUACUAGGCAUCAUGCAGACCCAAGAAGAAGCAUAGAAACCACUUGGGACCAGACAGGUCACCCCCAUUCAUAACAAACUCCAUAAACUUCAUCCAAACCAUCAGGAUCACUGUUCACCACAACAAUAAGAAAAUCACACCAGACUCCUGCAAUGCUAUCACAUGCUGACAUGGUCAAAGAGAGGAAGCAGCAAGCAUCCGCCAUCAUGAAGGAAAUCCAGAGAAAUGAAUCCCUUGGAAUGGACCUUGGAAAAAAGGUUAGCAUCCCCAGAGACAUCAUGCUGGAAGAAUUAUCAUUGCUUAGUAAUAGAGGAGCAAGGCUGUUUAAGAUGCGACAAAGGAGAUCCGACAAGUACACAUAUGAAAACCUUCAUUUUUUAACCAGCAAGCCAAGAAAUCGCAGUGAGAUCAUACAGUGUGUUCAACUGGAUACUAGUGGCAUGGAUGCUGGCCAGCAGCAUGCACCAGUAACACCUCCAAAUACACCUGAUCCACGCAGCCCACCAAAUCCUGAAACCAUUGCCCCAGGGUAUUCUGGACCAUUGAAGACAAUCCCGCCUGAGAAGUUCAACACCACAUCUGUGCCAAAGUACUAUCAAUCACCUUGGAUACAAGCUAUCAGCAAUGACCCUGAGCUAUUGGAGGCUUUGUACCCUAAAUUGUUUAAGCCAGAAGCAAAACCAGAGCUGCCUGACUUUAAGAGCUUUAACAGAGUUGCCACUCCUUUUGGUGGUUUUGAGAGAGCAUCAAAACUGGUUAAGUUCAAAGUUCCAGAUUUCAACUUUCUGCUACUAAAUGAUCCUCGAUUCAUGGUCCUUGCCAAUCCACUUUCUACCAGGAGGUGCUUCAACAGGACUCCUAAAGGAUGGACCUCUGAGAAUAUUCCCAUAAUGAUAUCUAUUCAACCAACGGAGGUCAAUGGUGUUCCAGAAACAGAUGAUCUGUGAAUAGAACAUGGAAUAGGCAUCACUCAUCCCUGCCAACAUGAUGGUAUUCUGAUCUCUAAACAAAUACUAUUUCUGUUCCAACAUGAAUUUUUAUCUAGCUGAAAUGUAAUAACAUCUAAUGCUGUAAUAUUUUUCUGAAGUUAAUUUUCUUCUGCAGAGCUAACACAAAUAAAAUAACAUGGUCAUUACCCUUCAAACACAUUUCUGAUCAUUUUAUUUCUAUCCAUUCUAACCCCUUCUCUUUCUAUUUUUAAAAGGAAAGUCUAAUUUAAACCAUUGCAUGUUUAUUUUGAGAGGGGGGAGUUAUGGUAAAAAUUACACCAAUGUUAUUAGUUGAUCAGUUCUGGAGUGGGCAAAUUUGCAUGCAGAAAUGUCAACAGAAACAUGGAAAAAUAAGUUGGAGUAUUGUUUCCAGUAAAAGAAUGUCAAUAUAUUAGAUAUAAUAGUGAAAUAAUGGUGAGAUCUGUUUCUACUAUAAAACUAUUGUAUUACUGGUGGUAAUUUUGUGUAGUAAGGGUCUCUAUAAGCAAAAGUAUUGCAGGCUGUACAUAAAAAUAACAAUAGCAAGGCAGAUGACUGUAUGCAUCCUCCUUAUGAAACUCUUCUGUUGUAUAUCCUGCAAACUGGUAGCAUUAAAAAAAAUCAAAAUAUAAUAUGAAUGGCACAAGAAUAGAUUGAAAGCCUAUAGAAGAGCAUUAGAUCACAUUUCAGGAUAACUUGCAAAUGCUCUGGUUACAUGUCCCAAGAAAAAUGUUGCUUACAACAUAGUAUCAUGUUGAAUCUCACCUGUGAACAGUUCUGUGUAUUGCUCUGGUCCUGGCUAAGGUCCAAAAUAUUUUUCCAUUUUCCAAUCACACAAUACACAACUAUGUGGCAAUACUCAAAAUAUAUGUGGUGGAUCCAGACUUAUCAUAGAUCCAGCUAGAUAUAACUAUCCAUCCAUAUACAUACAUGUAUGUGUGUCAUGUGAACACAUAGUUGUGUUAAUAACACAUACACAUAUGUAACAUCAUGUGUAAAUUAUUAAGAAAUGGCAUGCUUCUCUGAUCUGUAUGUUCAAAAGCAUUUUUGUUAUGACGGUGCUACACACUGAUGUAUCUACAAGAGAGAGUUGAUGAAGACCAGAUGUCAUAGAAAUGACACCAACAGAAUAAAAGCAUAUCCUGAGGCAUCCUUGAAGACAAGCAAAUUCAUUAUGACAAGUGUUGUCAUGGGCCAGCACCCACUUGACUAGAUGCAGUGAAGUGGGUCAUCUAAAACAGUAGAUACAUAUGCAUAUGUUGAACAGUCAGAAAAAGUGAUGAAAAACUUGUGAAUGAGAAAGACUAUGAAAAAGAAAACUUCUGAAAAAUAAUGUGAAAUAAGUGCAAAACAACUGAGAGACUAUGCUAUGAGAUAAUGAAAGUGAGGUCUCACUUCUCCCCACUUCUGAUGAGGUUGCCAUGACUUGGCACAUGUGAAUCUCUCUGCUGCAAGAUAUGGAAUCAGAAGUAUUAUGCUCCAAAUUCAGCACUUUCUUUAUUUGGAAGGAACACCAGGGACACUGCUGUGAGGAACACAGAAAUCUCCAUCAUCUGAGGACUCUUAAGCAGCCAGGCUGUAAACUGUUGGGAAAUAAAAGAAAGUUAAUGAGAAGAGUAGAGCAAAGAAUUCAAAUUUUGAGGACUUGCCCAAGGCCUUUGUAUCAUCAGUGGUGUAGUAAACGCUCAUGUGAUACAAAUUCUAGCCAUGUAAUGUUAAUAGGCCUGCUUUUUCCAAGAACCAAUUAUCCACUCAGAUUGCCAAGAAUGAGAAGAACGGCUCGAUUAGUUUCUAGUCCAUUCUUUGAUCCCUUUUCUAGGCCACGCUCUGUUUCUUCAAAGGUUGAUGUGUAUCUUGCUGCUUCCUUCCCAAACAAGACACUCAAAGUCUAUGCUGCUAUCUUCUCAAUCUGCCUCCUCCAGCAGAGUUCCAGUCUGAUUCUUGCUUUGCCUCCUACUGAUGCUAAUGACAUUUCCCUAUCUAACACUUGCCUUAAAUCUUCAGCCUUAAGAGCAUGGGUGGUACUCUAGAGAUUUUUAUACUUUAACUCUCAUCAGUCCUAAUCUUUAUAGGCAAUGAUGAGGAAUUAUGGGACUUGAUAGUCAGCAAUACCUUGACAGCCAUAGUUGCCCACUCCUAUUUUAAGGUUGAUUACAUUUCCUGUUCAAUCUUCGGUCCAUUAUAUACACAUGACUGUUCCUUCUUCAUACCUUGACCUGGACCACAACCUUUGCAUUUAUUUCAGAUUUGUUUCAUUUGUAACUUUCUAGAUGUGGCUUGCAUAAUCUUCCUCGUCUUUGAUUCUACACAUUCUAUCUGUCAUGCAGUCUAACAAAUGCAAACAGGGUGACUAUAAUGUUAUGUAGGAGCAAACAGCAUUUACUUCUGAAAAUCUUAUGUAUGCAAUCCAAUCCUACGCAUGCUUACACAGAAGUGAACCCUACUGAAUAUAGAGAGAAUGAAGCUAGAUUCCAUUGCAGAGAUUAGUCCACCUAUCUGGCAAUAUGUCUCACUAAACUCAGUGGAACACAGUUCUAAAUUUUCUAGAAUUUGGUUAUAAAUGAUAUAUUUAUUUGAGCAAGUGAUGGACAACAGGAAAAUUUUGAAGUUCAAGUUAAGUGUACUCCAUGUACAAAAUUUCUUUUAAAAGAACAGGG